AGUGAAGUGCUGGGGACAGUGGACAGAGCCAACAAAGAAGUGGCCAUUGAGGCUCUUCUCAACACCUUUGAGGAGGUGUGGCUGAGUCGACAGCUGGAGCUGGUGGCCACACGGAGGCAGCCCCUGACAAUCAGCCGACAAGAGACGGUGACGGAGCUGGGAUUGGAGGGACAGAUAAUAGCUCCAGCCACUUCCAAACCUCGUGUCUCUUCGGCAAAGGUCACCUCGCUACUGCAGAGGUCACGACGGUCUGUGACCAAACCUACCAGUCCCACCCCCUUCUCUCCUCCCUCCCCUUCCUCACCUCCCGACACUUCUCACCAAACUGUCCGCCUCCUCUGCAAUACUGACAGUAUCUUUGAGACACUUGAGAGUCAUCAGACCUCCAUCCAGUCAGUGAUAGGCACUACGGCUGCAGCCUCGUUCACAGACGACCUCCAUCGCUGGCAGAAGAUGCUGCAGACCAUCGAGGCAGUCCUGGGGGUGUGGCUUCAGGUCCAGGCCCUGUGGACCCAGCUGGAGGUGUACCAGAGUAGUGAGGUGCAGACACACCUGCCUGCCCAGUCCUUCACCUUCUCCUCUGUGGACAAGGACUGGAGAGACCUGAUACAGUCAGCCACAGCCAACCCCUCCGUCAUGACCGUCUGCCUCAAGGAAGGACUGCUGUGUCAGCUGGAGAAGCUGCAGACAAGUCUACUGCAGUGUCGAGCUGCUCUCGUAGGCUACGCCAAAGGCCAAAGAGACAAGUGCCACUGGUUUCACUUCAUUCCUCUUGACGAUGUGCUCAAGUUUGUCUGCUGUGGCUCACAUGUGGAACAGCUCAGUUCCCUUAUCCACAAACUGCUGCCCCAUGCCAGUGGCCUCCUCUAC